AGAGAGACAGAGAGAGAGAGAGAGAGAGAGAGAGAGAGAGAAAGAGAGAGAGAUCACACAGUGUUUGGUUUUUUCGUCGCGGUAGAUCUUAACUACGAAUUUUGGAAAUUAUGUUUUGAACAGAGUGAACGUACAGUGAACGUAUACCGAAGAAAACUGUCCUGACACUGCUCUCUGUCGACUUAAGAAUCAGUCCCAGAUCUUUAUGUCUGACUGACACCUGGCCAGUGGAGGACUGAUUUUCACAUCAAAAUGAUGCUGAUAUGGGUUGUUGAUAAUAAAUGGCAUAACAUAAAUAAUAAAUGACAUCACUUGGUGAACACCAAUCAAGAAACAUCUACCUUUCAUUUGCUCUUCGGGAGGUGUUGUAAUGGACCUAGAAUCCAAGGCUGUGUAGGUGUGGAUUUGUUUUUGACAUCAUGGGGUGUGGAGGCUCCAGGACAGAUGUGUUGGAGCCGAGAUAUAUGGAGAGCUGGACCAAAGAGACAGAGUCCACUUGGCUGACGAGCACGGACACAGACAUACCCCUGUCCUCCAUCCAGAGCAUCCCCUCCGAAAACUCUUCAGAGGUGGGCUUCCCAUCAGAGAAAACGGCCAACCUCGAUUCUUCGAAUGAUAUUCCCUUUCAAGAUGGACAGGGAAAGUGUUGCGAGGCUGCUGUUGAUCUCUUCGAUGAUGGUCUGCCUGCUCCAGGUCAGGCAUAUCUGAAAGUGUGUUCUGCCAUGUCUGAGGUGGGUCUGAAUGACAUGAAACCUGGCAGCACCCCUGCAAUCCUCUCUUCUCAAGAACAGGAAGUGCUGUCUUCUUCUGGCACCACAGUGCAGAGGAGGAGCGUGUUACGAACUGAGGAAAUAACCAAAUGGCAGGACAACCGGAUGUCCACCAAGCAAGUGACCAUCACUGUGACUCAAAGUAUCCGGCAGGUGGAUAAGAGCGGGAAGAUCAAGGAAACAUCACAAACCACCUAUGAGGUCAUGAAACCAGUGGAUGGUUUGAUGGACGCAGCAGUUGACUCAAUGCCUCAAUGAGGUGUUUCCCAAGACCUCAUGAAGACUGUAUCUUGGAUUUCAGGAAAGAUUUGGUGAAGAUGUCAGGGACCAAAGAAGUAAAAAGCAGGGAUCACCUAAAUGAAGACGUUCAUCAGUGCUGUGAUUAACGGGUUUCAAGGGGCAGUUAAUUGUUCGUUUCAUUAUUCAGUUCUACUUCAUUGAUUUAAUCAUGUCAAUUUUUUAUGUACAUCUUUCCUCUGUAAUGUCUUUGUCAAAAUAUUUGUUUUUCUGAUGCCAACAAAAAGAAUCUUAGUAAAAGCAUCUACUGUACAUACACUUAAAGCACAGGAUAGGUGGAGCCUUAAUGAUUAAUUUUGUGAAAAGUGUAAAAAUUAUACUUACAUAGUUAAAAAAAAAAAAAAAAAAAAAAAACAUACCAACAACACAUUUUUUCCCAGAAAAGGGGUGGCUUGAAGUUGAUGUACUGCUUUAAUUUUGAUUUUGGAUUUGAAAAUCAGGGCUCUUACAACACUAUUGUUGCCUUUAGCUUUUUGGGGUGCAAACAUUUGUUCAAAACCUAAGUACAGUUUCUGUAGCAAGCUAGCACUACUGCGAAAGGUAGUGUGCAAGAAUAUAAAGCAGCUCUGUUUUGUUAUUCCAAUAUUGUUUGAUAUAUCACUGCUUUACUGACUGAAAGAUGAUGUUUAUAGUUGAAUUAUUAAAUAUCUGUUGUGGUAA